UAGCUGGCGCGUUCGUGAAUGACAAUGACUGUAAUCCACAGAUGGAAGGCUCUCGGAAGCCCGACCCCAGAAAAUGAUGACUUUGACCAAUUUGAUAAGCCGGGUGCAGAGCGGUCCUGGAGGAGAAGGGCUGCAGAUGAGGACUGGGACAGUGAACUUGAAGAUGACUUACUUGGAGAAGAUUUGCUGUCUGGCAAAAAGAAUCAGUCGGAUUUGUCAGAUGAAGAGCUGAACGAUGAUCUUUUACAGAGUGAUAAUGAAGACGACGAAAAUUUCAGUUCUCAGGGUGUCACAAUUAGUCUGAAAACCACAUCUGGCAUGGUCACAUCAUAUGAACUGGCUGACAACACUAAUGACCAGUCUGGAGAACAGGAAUCCGAGUAUGAGCAAGGAGAGGAUGAACUGGUUUAUCACAAGUCCGAUGGGUCUGAAUUGUAUGCUCAUGAGUAUCCGGAGGAAGGACAGUAUGAAGGCCAGGAUGCCGAGCUGACAGAAGACCACAUGGAGUAUGUGGAAGAGCCAGAGGAGGAGCAGCUGUACAAUGACGAAGUGUUGGACAUCGAGAUCAAUGAGCCUUUAGAUGAAUUCACAGGCAGUAUGGAGACUUUGGAAAUGCAGAAGGAAAUAAAAGAAGAAUCAGAUGAAGAAGAUGAUGAGGAUGAAGAAUCUGGAAGAUUGCGUUUCAAAACUGAAAGGAAAGAAGGAACAAUUAUUAGGCUCUCAGAUGUAACUCGAGAGAGAAGGAACAUUCCAGAAACUUUGGAGCUUUCAGCAGAAGCCAAAGCUGCGUUGCUUGAGUUUGAAGAAAGAGAACGCCAGCAUAAGCAGGGCCGCUAUGGUUCAAGGCGGGGCGGAAGGAGAGGAGGUCCUUUAAUGUGUCGUGGAAUGGGGGACCAGAGAAGAGAGAACAGUGAGAGGGGCCGCAUGAAGGACCACAGACCUGCGCUGCUCCCCACACAGCCUCCUGUGGUGACGCACUCUCCAAGAUUAAUUCCUCCAACCCAGCCUCAGCCUCCCCCCCCACCGCCACCCCAGCAGCAGCCCAUUCGGAGCCUGUUCCAGCAGCAGCCCCUGCAGCCCCUGCUGCCCCUGCAGCAUCCGCACCACCCCUCCCCUCCACAAGGAAUGCAUGUGCCACCCCAGAUGGAGGCGCCCAGGGUGAUGAUGACCCCUCCACCUGUGACCCCACAGCAGCCCAAGAACAUCCACAUAAACCCCCACUUCAAAGGAGCGGUGGUGACGCCCGUGCAAGUGCCCUUGCUGCCAGUCCCGAGCCAACAGAGACCUGCGGUGGGACCCCAGAGAUUCCCAGGCCCUCCAGAAUUCGCACAGCACACCCCUGGACCGGUUCCCAACAAUUUUAGCCAGCCCCCACGGCUUCCUCUGCAGGACCAGUGGAGAGCACCACCCCCUCCCCAGGAGCGAGACCCCUUCUUCUUAGGAGUUUCAGGUGAACCUCGUUUCCCGAGUCAUCUCUUUCUGGAGCAGCGAAGCCCCCCACCACCGCCACCCCCUCCAACACUUCUCAGCAGCGCUCACCCGGUGCCCACGCCCAGUCCCUUACCAUUCACUCAGCCCGGACCAGCUUUUAAUCAGCAAGGACAGCAGCCCGUGUUCCCUAGAGAGAGGCCUGUGAGGCCCACCCUGCAGCCUCCAGGUCCCGUGGGCCUGCUGCACUUCAGCCAGCCAGGGUCCGCUGCCACGCGGCCUUUCAUUCCUCCUCGACAGCCCUUCCUGCCAGGCCCCGGACAGCCAUUUCUGCCCGCACACGCACAGCCUAACCUGCAGGCAUGGCAGGGGCCCCUGCACCCCCCGUUGCCCCCUCCCCACCAGCCUCCACCGCAGCCUCAGCAGCAGCCCCCGCUGCAGCCACCUCCGCAGCACCCACCGCCCCCCCAGCCGCAGCACCAGCCUCCUCACCAGCCGCAGCAGCACCAGCACCACCACCACCUGUCUGUUCCCCCGCCACCUCUGAUGCCCAUGUCGCAGCCCCAGUUCAGGCCUCAUAUGCAGACGGCUCAGCCUCAGCAGAACAGCAGUCGGAUGCAGUGCCCCCAGCGCCAGGGGCUGAGGCAUAAUACGACGUCUCAGAAUGUAACCAAACGGCCAAUGCAGCAGCUGCAGCCAACUGCUGCCAGAAACAGUAACUUGCGUGAGUUACCAAUAGCGCCCUCGCACGUCAUGGAACUGAGUAACAGUCGUGGUGCAUCCACGCCUGGUGCUCAUGGAAAGCCGAUGGACAGCAUGUCACCACCCUUGAGACCUGGGCCUAGGAACACACAGGGGAAGACGGACUUGAAGGCCAAGCCCAUUAGCCCUGAGGGUCAACCUAAGGAAGAAGCAAAAGCAGAACCAGAGUUUCCUGAUGAAGAUGAAGAAACGAGGCUGUACCGCUUAAAGAUAGAAGAGCAGAAGCGCCUACGGGAGGAGAUCCUGAAGCAGAAGGAGAUGCGCCGGCAGCAGCAGGCCGGAGCCAGGAAGAAGGAGCUACUGGAGAGGCUGGCGCAGCAGCAGCAGCAGCAGCAGCAGCAGCAGCAGCAACAGCAGCAGCAGCAACAGCAGCAGCAGCAACAGCAACUCUGCAGCACUGGGGCCCCUGCGGAGCGGGAAGAGCCACCGGCGUUGCCAUUGCCGUUGCCCACCAAUGGAAACCCCUUGCUACCCUUCCCUGGUGCCCAGGGCCGACAGAAUGUGAAAAACAGACUUCUCGUGAAAAACCAAGAUGUUGCUCUUUCAAGUCUUCAGCCGAAGACGUCAAACUUUGUGCCACCUGGUGCUAACAUGCAGUAUUCAGGACAGCCGGUCAAACCACUGAAGCACUUGAGACACAGAGUCCUGCAGGCACAGCCCGAGGAUGGGGACGAGCCGCCCCCAGCACAGACCGCCCGAGUGACAGCCCUCCAGGGCCGGCCCCCUGACUCCAAGCCUGGCGCCAAAAGGACUGUCAUGCACCGGGCAAACAGCGGUGGCGGAGAUGGGCCGCAUGUCAGCUCCAAAGUCAGGGUGAUUAAGUUGUCAGGUGGGCAGGGAGGAGAGAGCGAUGGCUUUUUUCACCCGGACGGCCAGCCCCAGCGGCCUCCCCAGCCUCCAGAAGUGAGACAGCAGCCUGCCCGCAAGGUGACGCUGACCAAGGGGGCCCUUCAGCAGCCCCAGCACCUGCCAGUCGGGACCCAUGUGUACUCAGCAGGCCCUCCGGGCAUCAAGAGCAUCCAAGGGAUUCACCCCGCCAAGAAGGUCGUCAUGCAUGGCAGAGGCCGGGGAGCAGCAGGGCCAAUGGGCCGCGGGCGCCCGAUGCCAAAUAAGCAGAACCUGCGGGUGGUGGAGUGCAAGCCGCAGCCCUGCGUUGUGUCUGUCGAAGGCCUGUCGUCAUCCACCACUGACGCCCAGCUGAAGAGCCUGCUCAUGUCAGUGGGACCCAUCCAGAGUUUACAGAUGCUUCCCCAGCAACGGAAAGCCAUAGCCAAGUUUAAGGAGCCAGCCCAUGCGUUAGCAUUUCAGCAGAAGUUCCACAGGCACAUGAUAGAUUUGUCCCACAUAAACGUGGCCCUGAUUGUGGAGUGAUUUCUAGCAGGGAGGCCGACCUUACACUGCACACACAGCUGUGGACUUGCUUCAAGGAAGCUGCCGGCACAGGACCUGCCAGCGAGGUCUCCGUCCAGUCUGCUAACUCUUGUCCAGAGCGCCGGGCUGCCCAGUGUUGGUUCCGGGAGAGCUGAACUUGCAGGACAUGGCAGGCUGGAGUUCGGUGUUGAUGGCUUCAAAUUCUGUGGCCACUUCCGAGAACUCCAGUUUUUGUUUUCUUUUGUUUUCAAAGUGCUUACAAUGCAUGUAGACACUGUUCUUCGUAAUUUUACCGUCUGAUCGAUCGCUCACCGUGACUUAGGUUCAGGGAGGAACAUUAGCAGCACAAAUUCUAAGUACUUUCCACAGCAAAGAAUAUUUGAUAAUGGUUGCACUUAUCUUCAGUGCAGGCUAGACCAGAGGUGUCUUCUCAGAAAGCCCUCUACUGGUUCUUGUAAAAACAGGCGAAAAUGUGGGUGAUUGUGAUUGACAGCUGCCUAUCCCAGAAAGCAGGGUGUGAGGGCGGGUGGGGCAGGGGCAUGGUGCGGCAGAUUCUGCUUCCUAUGCACCAGUUGCAUAUUCCGAGUUCCUGAGGGGACUCCCCACCCGUUUUUAAGUUCUCAAAUAGGGCGAGGACCAGGUGGUCGCCACUGCGCUUCCCUGGGGGCAGAGAAGCCGGGGUGCUGCUCUGGCCGGGGCCCUCACUGGAGCUCCCUGUCUGGUGGGGUGCACAAUGGGCCUGCCGGGCGGAGGGACAGCUUGAAGCUUGAAUAGACUUGGUUGGUUUUUUUCUCUUUAAAUGCAGCCCAAAGCGGCAGAUGUCACUGACUCUGUGGCAUGCAGCGUUCUUCGGGAAGCUGGCUCUCAUUGCUUUGAAUGAUCUUUUUUUUAUAAGGCCUUAGAGUGGUGCUGUGUUGCCCUUCAGUAGACCCAAGGGCAAGGCGACAUAGACCCCAGCACGCCACUCUCCACGGUGUGGUGUGAGGGAGGCUGUCUCACAGGGACCGUGAGACCCAGAGCAAAGUGUGUGUGUCACCCAUGAGUGAGGGUGCAUGGGCUCCUUAAGGUGGGGCCGUGCCCCCACAGACCAACCUUAGGAGAAUUGAUUCUGGGUGAGCGUGGAAAAGUGCCUUACUGCAUUUCUGCUCACGCAGGAGUUCACUAGCAGUUACUCUAACGUGGACCUGACUGAGCGAAUGGCACUGGGGCACACUUAGACUUUUUAGCUGUGUUUUAUACCUAAGACGUCACGUCAGAGUUACCCAUAGAAGUAAUAGAAAUAGAAGCAUGUUGCCACGUACUGUCUGGUUAGCCCAGCGGGGACCAGAUUGGGAGCCCGGAGGCCUGUGCAGAGAUGCUCCUCGAGACUCGGCCUCCUCGUGGGAGCUGACCCAGGUUGUGGGGGCUUGUACCAUCGUGUUUGUACAGUUGAGGUUUUAUUUUACUUUUUCAAAGUAAGUGAGCAGAAGUGGAGGGGAGUAUCUAGACCCUGUGGACCUUGUGUAGUGUUGAUUCUCCGAUGGCAUGGUGUGCUGAGUGAGCCUAGGAAACGAGGGUGCUGCUGAGGGCGCUCCCCGGAGAGGUCAGCUCAGGAAAGUACAGGCACGCCUAGGGUCUGGGAGCACCACCCACUGGGCACCUGGCACCCUGCUCCAGAGAGCCCCUGACUGAGUCAGUGCCCAUGCCCAGCAGCUGCCUGAUGCGGGCUCGCUGCCCACUCUCACACAGCUGCAGGUGAGCUCACAUAGAAACCGUAGCGCAGUGCAUUAAAGUGACAAGGUAGCCGGAAGCUCUAGUUACAGACCACUCCCUACUCUGUGUUGUCAGCGGGAAGGCUCACAGUUGGUGGACUGUCACCGAGGACUUCCUGCCACAACAAGAUAAGUUGAACAGACUUUUGCCGCUUUCUGAAAUAGUCGGAGUGUGCGGUGGCUUGGAGGCCACAGCCCUGCAUGUGGUCUCUGGAGCGUGGGUGUGUAGCGUCCUUCUUUCCAAUCAGUGAUGGUGAGCCCACCUGCCCGGCACCACAGCUGCUGCAGACAGACUCACGGCUGCUUCAGGGCAUGCGAUGAUGUGGGUGCCUGGAUGUGUCUGUGCUGUCUGCACACCCGGGCAUGCUUUUUCUCCAUGCCCUGUCCUCUAGGGGGGCGUGGGCCUUUUCCAGAGCCCAGGUGGGCAUGCUCCACACGGGGCCCCUGGGUGGGGACUCUGCAGUGCAGCCGGGCCCCGGGACAAAGCUGAGUUUCCUUGGAGGAAACGGCAGGAAAGGAAAGCAGCAGCAUUAGGGAGUGAUUUCUUCCCAUUGGUGGUGCACUUCUCACAGGGCACCGAGCUGAGCCCUCUUGGAAGAUCUGUUGCAACCAUUAUCUCUGUUCUUUCUUUAUCAUGCAUUUAAAUGAGACGCAGAUGCAUCCAACACACUGUAAAUACGGACCUUUUAAACUGAAGUGUUAUUGGAGAUGUUUCAAUUCAGCAACACCUUAGCUCUUUGCUAGUUCUUUUGUGUUGUCUCAUCAAAGUUUAAUGGAUGCAGUUCCAUAAUUGUUGACGUGUUCAUGUGUAUAUCCGAUUUUUAUAAAGAUGGGAGUAAGUCAAUACAUUGA